AUGGUAGGCCGGUACGCUCGAGCCACAGACACACUGACACUUGUUGACGGAGGAGACAUCAUCCACUGGCCAGGAACCGGAACUCCACCUCUAGACAUUCCUGUGUGUGGCUUCAGGAACGACAAGUGUGAGUCUACAGGUGCCAACGACUCACUGACCAUCGGACUCUCAUCAGCUUUCGGGGUGAUUUUGGUCGUCGCCUCUGUCAUUGCGUUUGGUAUAAUAUGGCGCUGGAAAAAGAGCUCCGAGGCGGACAUGUGGUGGUGGAAGAUCGACAUCAACGAGCUUAAGAUGACUGACGGCAAGAAAACCGGAAGUUGCAUCAUGUCCUUCACCUCCAGGAUCAGUAUACUUACAGCGAAGGAUGACACGCCGUUCAUGGACUAUAUGACCGACACAGCUGUCUACAAGGGUCAGGUCGUCCGACUUCGAAAACUGACACUGAAAAAUCAAACCUUCAACAGAUCCAUACUCUCUGAGUUCAAACAGCUGCGCGAUCUGAACCAAGGCAACCUAGUAAGGGUGAUAGGAGCCUGUCUGGAUGACACGCCCAAGUACCUGGUGACCGAGUUUUGUUCGAAGGGGACAUUACAGGAUCUCCUGGGAAACACCAGGCUCCCCCUCGACACACACUUCAAGUUUUCUCUCAGUAUUGACGUUGCGCAAGGGAUGGCCUAUCUUCACAACAGCAACAUACACAUCCACGGCCGCCUCAACAGCGCCACCUGCCUCAUCGACAACAGGUUCUCCGUCAAGCUCGCUGAUGUUGGUGUCCCUUGCAUUUUUGACAAGCUGGUUGUUGACCAACAAACACAAGAGCAUAAAUUGGAAUGCCUGUGGAAGGCUCCGGAGGUGCUGCGAGACACUAAGAGCAAGGGGAGCCAACCCGGAGACGUGUACAGCUUCGGGAUCAUCCUGCAAGAAAUCAUCACACGGGAAGCGCCAUUCUUUGAGGAGACAGACACUAUAGGCGUGGAUGGCGUACUCCACAAAGUAAAGAGAGGAGGUGUGCCGUCAUUCCGACCGAAGAUUGCUGUGGCGGACAGCAUGCGGGAUCUAGCCAUACUGAUGGAGACGUGUUGGGAGGAGGAUCCUGGCCGUCGUCCGCACUUCCACGCCAUCAGGAAGGCACUCAAGACUCUCGCUGCCAUCAAAGUGAUAAGGUAUUCUCUGUUGAUGGAAUUGGACAAAACUGGCCACCGCGCUGUCAUCAAGCAUCUCCAAGGGCUAACUCCAACAGGCAUCAAUGCGGACAUGGUGUCAACUUCGGAGGACGAUGCUCCUUCCUAUGCAACUGUUAAGACUGGGUAUGAGAGAGCAUCUGAGAUGAUCCAGGAUCAGGAAGGCCACCACUAA